AUGGGAGGCGUCGUAUCAACUAUCAAACUCCUCAUCGCCUUCUCCUGGUCCCUUCGCUCAGCCAUUGCUCCUGUUGUGAAACGAAUCCAAUCCGACCCGGGAAAGCCAUGUGAAAAUCCAACAGAGUCGUUCUGGCUCCAGGAACCACAUCCGGUGGUAUCACAGCACCAGUCUGAUGAAUUACCGUCUGAAGUUGAUGUAGUCAUCAUCGGAUCAGGAAUUACAGGUACAGCUAUCGCGAAGACGCUGCUAGAACCCCCCAACGGGAAGAAAACCGAAAAACCUCUCAGUGUUGCAAUGUUGGACGCUCGCGAGGCUUGUUCUGGAGCGACAGGUCGUAAUGGUGGCCACAUUAAGGAGAGUGCAUAUAGUGAAUACGAGUCUUUGAAGAAUAAGCACGGAAAGAAAAUGGCCAUGGAGAUCAUCCGUUUCCGUCUUGCACAUCUAGACGCAUUGAUCGCCGUCGCUGAGGCAGAAGGCGAAGAAAUGCUCAGACAUAGUCAAAUCAGGAAGUGUGAUACGCUAGAUAUAUGUUUUGAGGAGGAAUCCUGGGAGGGUAUGAAGUAUCAGCUGAGGUUGUUUCUUCGGGAUUUUGAAGAUCAGCGAGGGUUAUGGUUGCUGCACGAGAAAUACGAAACAAGAAAGUUAUAUCCAUUUCCUUCGGCCAGUGGUGCAAUAUCCUCCCCCGCCGGCGCCCUCUGGCCCUACCGCUUCGUAACCUCUAUCCUCAACCGUCUCCUUAAAAGCCACCCCCACUUUUCUCUUGAUACCUCUACACCGGUCCUUUCCGUUACCACCUCCGAAUCUCACCCUUCCCACUACCUCGUCUCUACUCCCCGCGGAAACAUCCUCGCCAAACAUGUCGUCCACGCUACAAACGCCCACGCAGCCCAUCUACUCCCCGGUCUCCGAGGCCUCGUCUUCCCCGUUCGCGGGCACAUGACGGCACAGCGUCCAACCCAGGGCGGCUGUGCAUUUGGUGAGCAUAAAGACCGCUCCUUCAGCUUUACCUACAACGAGGGGUUCGAUUACGCGACACAGGUCCCGCCUCCUGACGGAGAGGGUGACACCAUGGUAUUGAUCGGAGGAGCUCUGUUCCAGACCGGAAAUUUCGGCUUUGGCGAGGUCGGGGCCACAGAUGAGGAUAUGAACAUCUUCGCGUCUGCCCAUCUCGCUGGUAUUGUUGGUACUGUCACUGGGAAGCAUGGGGCGACAAUGACGGAGGGUGCUUGGACUGGUGUUAUGGGUUUUACGCCGGAUUUGAUGGCUUGGGUUGGGCCUGUUCCGGUGUCUAUGACGGGAGGACGGGAGAGGCCCGAAGGCGGCAAAGAAUGGGUGUCUGCGGGGUAUUGCGGGGAGGGGAUGGUUAAUGCUUGGUUGAGUGGGGUGGCAGUAGGGAGAAUGAUUAACGGAGAGGACGAGGAAAACGUGGGGUUACCAAAGGUAAUGUUAUGCACUGAAGAGAGGGCUAGGAAGGCAGAUCUGUUGGAUCUGGUCAACGAAUACCUAGGCUAA